AUGGUGGCUCAAAAUCUGGAACCUCGCAAGCAGAGAUCUCGUCCCGGACCUAUACCUGACGAAUUUCUUGCAUCUCCCCCUCCAAAGCCUCUCAAGAUUAAUCACAUCGACUUCGCAUCAUCUGCUGUACCCGAGAAUGCCGAAUGCCUUGCCCUCACCAUCGACAGCAUUCUCUCCAAGGCAGAGUGCGAACAGCUCAUCUCUUUGGCGGAAGCGAGCGUCACAAAUACAAAAGAGGACGAAAUGCCGUGGAAGCCUGCUACAAUAACAAUCGGUCAAGGUAUCCAGGCUACGGUGCGAGAUUAUCGACACUGUGAUCGGAUCGAAUGGGACCAACAAAGCAUAGUGGACCGCAUAUGGGACCGCUGUACACAGGCUCCUGGACUAAGAGAGUUGUUGGCUGAGGUAGUCCCCGAAGGCAGCUUCGACGGUCAAAAGUGGGAGUUUCGUCGUUUGAACCAACAUAUGCGGUUCCUCCGGUAUGAGCCCGGCCAGUUCUUUAAGCCGAUGCUGUAUCUCAGCGACUCUACUACCGAACGGGGUGGGAGAGAGUCUUUAAGAGGAGGCGUCACCUCAUUUUUAUCCCAAGACAGAGAAAGAAGGGUUGACGUAGAUCCUAGAGCCGGCAGUGUACUCAUUUUCCAACAGCGAGGGCUUCUUCAUGAAGGAACAGUGGUUGAGAGAGGCGUAAAGUAUGCGAUGCGGGUGGACAUGGUAUAUGAAUGGGUUGAAGGUGGAGAGGAAGCUAACAAACGGGUUAAGGUGUAG